CGUACAAAGCUGUCUUACAUGAAACAUUGGGACACGUUUAAUUCACUGGAAGACAAAACUGUGUACUCGCGUUCUGAGUUCAAUCUCUAGAAGAGUCAGCUUCUAACAGUGUUGACCCUCACAAUGGCCGAAGGUGGACGCCCUCCAGAACUGAAUUUACACUUACUGGAAUGUCCUAUUUGUCUGGAGAGACUUCAGAAACCUAAGUCCUUACCCUGUUUCCACUGCUUCUGUCAGAAAUGUCUCGGGACCUACAUCACCAAGGAGUUGUCAGGGAAGAUGGCGUCAGAAACAUCCUUCCCUUGUCCUGUCUGUAGGAGAGUGACCCCCCCUGUCAACCCUGUGGAAUCUAAGGACAAAUGGGCAGAACAGUUCCCGACUAACGUUGUGAUACAGGACCUCAUUCAGCUCAAGGAACGAUCGUCUGAACCACUGUACUGUAAACCCUGUCAGACAAAAGGUAACAUGACGAAUCCCGCGAAGUUUUGGUGCAAGAACAUGAAGGCGAUUUUUUGUGAAACUUGUAAGACACAGUUUCAUGAUAUCAUACACAGUGACUGUGACAUCUUGGAUAUAACCGGAUAUGGCGGAGGGCGACCAAAACAGGAAAAGUCAGCCCCUCGAUGUGACCAACACGAUGAGAAGAAAGUUUGGUAUUGUGAGGACCAUCAACUCUUAGGAUGCCAGAUAUGCGUUUUUGAGAACCAUAGAAGAUGUGAGGAAGUGACAACAACGAUAAAGUAUUUUCAGAAAAUAAAAGAUGGGUCACGGCUAGAAGACAUGCAAGACAUGCUGAAGAAAAACACGGAGGUUAUUGGCGUAAUAGUGAAGGACUUUGACGAACAGCUUCAAACUCUGGUACAGAACCAGGAAAUCGCACUACAGAGUAUCACCGAUCUACGUCAUAAGGUCGAUAAACGGUUAAACACGCUACAGAAGGACGUCACAGACAAGUUGAUCGCGUCGUUCAAAGAAGAGAAGAGACACGUGGAAGCGUCAUUGCGGCAGUGUGAACGUCUGAUGAAUAGUAUGUUAAAUACCAUGAAGUCGUCGGUUACCGCCGUAGAGGGAAAUGACCACAUUGAGACGAUAGUGUUGUACCAGAGAGGACAGGCAGAGGUGGAGUCGUGUAAGACCCUGAUAACGGAGAUGAGAAAGUCGUACACGUCCGUCAGCGUUAAACAUAAUAUUGUUAGUGGACUCGGUAACCUUGAUGAUGACGCAAUGGGAAAGAUCGUCAUAGACAAACAACCACGACGUUUCCCUCGCAUUCAUUGUGAUCUAGUACCACACUUGUUAGAAGGGAAAGUUAAGGAAAUUGGAAAGUUCAAUAUAAAGACACAAACAGAAAAAAAUAAUUGCUGUGCUUGUGGUGUUGUGUACCUUCCAUGUGAUCAAAUAGUGGUAAGUGAUGCCGACAACAAGAAGCUGAAGCUGUUUACAGACAAAGGACAGUUUCUGGACGAGUUGUCCGUUCGAGGAUGUUCCAAUGAUCUGUGUCUAGUAGACAACAACACUGUGGCGGUCGCUGUCGACAAUCCUAGUGGUAUACAUGUCGUGAAAGUCGAGUCAUCAAAACUUUCCCUGUCGUCUGAGAUUAGGAUGUCAAACGGGGAGGACUGUUGUGGUAUAACAUUUACAGACGGGAGGUUUGUCGUGGGUACAAGAGGAGGAGGAGUAUACAGUGUAACACAGGACGGCGUGACUGACUUGUUACAUCAGUAUAACAGUAAAUGUUACUCACUCACACAUGACCCAGUAAAUGGAGACACACUCGUCAGUGUCUAUAGCAACAUCCCAGGAAACGUCACGGUGUCCAGACUGUCGGCUGAUAAACGUCACACGGACGUGAUGAAGGUUGGCGUCGUGAGGCGUCCCUUCGUGAUAGACGUAGAUAGGGAGGCAAACAUCUACGUAUGUGGUCAUACGUCACACAAUGUCGUACAGAUGUCUGGGGACGGGUUACAAGUCAGGGAACUACUGACGUCCUUGGAUGGGAUGAAGUAUCCAAUGGCAAUUUCUGUAAAUGGUGAUAAGCUUGUGGUCACUAAUUAUGGUGAAAACCAUAUCCGGGUCUUUGAGUUUUACUAACGUUAAUAACAGACACAAGCACGAGCAGAUCCCUUGAGAUGUAUGUUUACCAUAAGAAUCGAAGUGCAUAGUGACAUGUUAUGACUUAAAACAGUAAUAACAUCAUUUUAUGUCCAACUCCAGCUGAUACACCAUCGCCGAAAUUGUUGGGUUCCAAUUAACCAUUACUUAAUUAUUCCUUGUAUCAAAGGAAAUGUAAAACCAUUGCUGUGAUGAUUAUUUAAUCGUACAAACAAUCGUACAAUGCUUGAUAUCAUUAGUUCGAAGUAUAUCUGUAUAAGUUAUGGUCUGAUGUUGUGUUAAUCAACUUGUAGAUGGGAUACUAUUAACAGCAUCCCUUUGUCUCAGUAAGUUGUGGAUUAAAUUCAAUAUAAAGAGCUGGACUGUCUCUUGAAUUUUGUCAUAUGUAGAGCCACACAUCAGGAGAUCAAACAGCCGUGUUUGUAUAUGCUAUUUGCUUCGGGUUGACAGAUUGUAUUCGAUAAUAACUUUAACAGAUAGCAUACAUUACCCUUGUUUUUUCGUUAUUUUGAUUUCUAACUACAGUGUGAUCAGAGUCAUUAGUGAUGAAAACCAUAA